CUGGUAUCCGGUUAUCUUCUCUCACAACUUCCACUCUACCACCACGUCGACCACCAACCAACGACGCACGCUCCUGAUACCAAAUCCAACAGACGUUCUUGCAUACCAUCUCCCCGUCGUCCUCGCAAAGUCACCCAAACAAGCCCAAGAUGAGCGACAACGCCAGCGCCGAGCUGCUGGCGGCAGCCAAAGACGCCGCGGCGCGCGGCCUCGACUACUACGCCCUGCUGGGGAUCGACCCCUCAGACGACACCCCGAUCACGCGCGAGACGGUGCAGCGCGCCUGGCGCAAGCGGUCCAUCAAGUACCACCCGGACCAGGCGGGCGACAGGUUCGACAAGGACAAGUGGGAGGAGUUCGGGCAGGCGCGGGACGUGCUGGCGUCGGAGGAGGCGCGGGCGGCGUACGACGGGGCGCGGAGCGCCGCGCGGCAGAAGGCGCUCGACAAGGAGAGGAUGAGCGCGAGGCAGCGGCGGUUCGCGGAGGAGCUCGAGGAGGCCGAGGGCCGGGGCCGGAGGGCCGCCGCGGAGGGCGCCGCGCGGCGGGAGGAGGAGGAGCGGGAGCGGGCGGCCAAGACGGCCGAGGGCCGCAGGAUCGUGGAGGAGAGGCAGCGGCUCGUGCGGGAGGCCGAGGAGCGCGAGAGGGCGCGGCGGCAGCGCGACGACGAGGCCAUGGGCGACCGGGAGCGGGAGCUGGAGGAGAAGCUUGCCGAGAAGAGGAGGCGGAGGGAGGAGAAGAGGGCCAGGAAGGAAGGGAGGAAGAGCGGUGCCGCCGCCGCCGCCGCCGCCGCCGAGGAGGCGAGGCCCGAGACUGUGCCUGAGCCCCGUCACGAUGCUGAGCCGAAACACGCCGCCGAGGACAAGAGCGCGCCGAUACCCCGGAGGGACGUACCGAAGUCGGCCGACCCGGUCAAGUUCUGGGAGACGCAGUGGCCCAAGACGAGGGCGAGAUUAAAAGCGGCGCAGGCCGUGAAGGAGCAGAGGAUGAAGGAGGCGGGCAUGGCGGCUUGAGAUGAGGGGCGGUUUCUCCGGGGUCCGUAUUACUUUUUGUCAUGAUACCCAACAGUGAAGAUUGAGCUAACACGAAUGCUCUCUUUAAGA